UUUUGGAGGACCGUGGCUCGUUGUCUCUCAUUGCUUAGCCCGAAAUAAUUCUAAAAUUAAGAUCCAAGGGAGAAGUCAUGGGCAAUACUAGUGACAGAGUGUCUGGUGACCGCCAUGGGGCGAAAACCCAUCGUUCCGACAGUGGUGGGAGCCAUAAAGACCAUGAACCAAGCAAAAUGGUAGACAGUACAGAUGACCCCAAUGUCUUCAACACCCAUGGUCCAGAGUCAAAGGCUCCAGGCGAGAAGGACUUCACUCCAGACCUGGAGGACAUGGUGAAGACAGGGUCUCAGGCGAGGCCCACUGUGAUCCGCUGGGCAGGGGGUGGGAAGGAGGUCUACAUCUCUGGCUCUUUUAACAACUGGAGCUCCAAGAUCCCUCUCAACAAGAGCCACAAUGAGUUUGUUGCUAUCUUGGAUUUGCCUGAGGGAGAACACCAGUAUAAGUUCUUUGUUGAUGGUCAGUGGGUUCAUGACCCUUCGGAGCCCGUGGUAACCAGCCAGAUGGGCACCAUCAACAACCUGAUCGAGGUAAAGAAGUCUGACUUUGAGGUGUUUGAUGCCCUGCAGGUGGACUCUCUGGAGUGCUCUGAUACUUCAGAUUUGUCCAGCUCGCCUCCGGGUCCAUAUGGACAAGAGGUCUACAUGUUUAGACCAGAGGAACGCUUUAAAGCCCCUCCUAUCCUUCCUCCUCACCUCCUACAAGUCAUUCUGAACAAAGACACAAACGUAUCUUGUGACCCUGCUCUGCUGCCUGAACCCAACCAUGUAAUGCUCAACCAUCUUUACGCACUGUCAAUAAAGGAUGGGGUCAUGGUUCUUAGUGCCACUCACAGAUAUAAGAAGAAAUAUGUCACUUCUCUGCUGUACAAGCCCAUCUAAGCUUCUGAGUCAUCUGGGCAGCAUGUUUGUACUGUAUUGUUUUUGAGUUGUCACAAAUAGCUGAGAUUGCACUAAAAGUCAGUUUACAGUGGUUCUGCAGGCUGAAUCUCAUACAGUGAUGGUCUUUGGGUGAGUGUGCUCCUUUGACACAAUAAUGAUUUUAUUUUUCAAGCUAUAAAGACUAU